ACACUAAAAGCCAAUGCUAUACGGAGAACGGUCAGGACUACAGAGGGACUGUGUCAAAGAAUGAGAAAAAUGAAGAAUGCUUAUCGUGGGACUCUCCUUCACUAAUUAGGAGGGAUUACCAUGCUGGUGUGAGAGAUGCCCUGCAGCUUGGACUGGGGAAACACAACUACUGCAGAAACCCGGAUGGAAAAGCUAAGCCCUGGUGUUACAUUAAAAGGGGAUAUUGGACUUUGGAAACAGACUGUGACAUACAACUGUGUCCCACAGAGAGAGAAGCCACGUGUGGCCAGAGGAGCUCCAGCAAGUACUUCAAGAUCGUGGGCGGAAGCAUUGCAGCUAUUGAGUCUCAGCCUUGGAUAGCCACUAUCUUCCAAUAUUCAAGGAAAAUAGGGCAGAACACAUUUGUGUGUGGUGGCAGCCUCAUUGACCCUUGCUGGGUGCUUACUGCUGCACACUGCUUCCCCCCGCGGAACACGGAUCCAUCAAGCUACACAGUUGUUCUUGGAAAGUCCAAGCUGGAUGCUGUUGAUGACAAAGAACAAACUUUUCAGGUGGAAAGAAUCAUCAAUCAUCAUGAAUAUUCAGAUGAAGGUGGUGACUUCAACAGUGAUAUUGCUCUCAUGAAAAUAAAGUUCUUCUGGACACGUGCAGUAGAGUCUGAAUAUGUCAAACUAUCUGUUUACCGUUUGAAACUAGUGCUGAUGGAUAAUUCCAGUACCAGGGUGAUGACAACAUGGUCUGUGCUGGGGAUGUGCCAGUGGAAGUCUGAUGCAUGCAAGGGAGAUUCUGGUGGACCACUGGUCUGCGAGCACAAUGGCAGGAUGUCUCUGUAUGGGAUCGUCAGCUGGGGAGAUGACUGUGCUAAAGUAAAGAAGCCCGGCGUCUACACCAGAGUCACUAAAUACCUUUCUUGGAUUGAGUCCCAAAUGAAGGGAGUCAAUUUCAAAAGCCGUAGCCUCCCUAAAUUAAAGUGACCUUUCCUCGAUGCAUGGACCCAAAGCAGGAAGUCUAGAGCAUUCAUUUCAAUAACUGGAACUGAGCCACAUAUUGAUGCAGUACAUUGAAACCCCGAAUGUUAGUUUGGAGUUGAUUUGUGCAUGUUUGUCUCUCGGGUCUUCAAUUUAAAUGCCUAUGUGGUUUGUUUUCAACAUUCAUAGCAGUGUAUCUGAAGCAGUCAGAUAAUCUGUAUCGCCAUUGGCCACUGCAUGGAAUACCUGAAAGUCUUUCUUUCCAUGGAAGACUCAAAUAUUUAAUAUUGAAAUGCAUAUUUCCAGUCAAGAUACUGGACAUAUCACAUUGUCUCCCUACUUUAUAUCUGAAUCACUAUUAGUCACUUUUAUAAGUACCUACGCAAGUUUUAUCAACCACUCAGUUAUUGGUUAUAAAUUGUAAGUUGGUUUUUAAAUGUAUUUUGUAAAUAUUUGGCCUAAAUGAAUAGUUGGUUAAUUUUAACAUUCUGAGGAAUGUCAGGAUACAAAUCACUAGGCAGCAGGAACUCUACACAGUGAGUGCCUGCCACUAGUGAACGAGAGAAUUUUUAUCAAUGCAUUGCCAGGGGCUGACUGCAGUUCGGAUAAGACAAAAACCAAACCAGAACAGAAAAGAAAAAUGCCACACACGUCACGCAUCUUAGAACAAAGGUGGUGAAGCAAUUUAUGAUGAAUACGCUCAAUCCUGUACUCCUUAGACAGGCUGAAUGUUCAUGGAUGUCAACAAAAGUUGUGCUUGUAUGAGGAGCCCUACAAGGGUGCUUUGGUGUAAUGAGGUUAAUUAUGGACUGUGCUGCAAGAAAGCAAGUCAUUAUAAAUAAUCCAAGUUGACUUUCUGACCACCUCUCAGGAAUUUUUGGUCCCUUCCAUAGGGCCUGACCCUGCCAUCUCUGCAUUUCUGUCAUGACUGAUGGCAGGAUUUAAGGAUUCACAAUCACU